CGACUCUCGUUUACACGCUCGUGACAUCUCGCGAUGUUUUGAUUACUAUGGCGUAUCAGGAAGGAGAGUCGCUUGAAUCCUGGCUCAAUAAAGCCACCCAUCCAACAAACAGACAAGAGGACUGGGAGUACAUCAUUGGCUUCUGUGACCAAGUCAACAAAGAACUGGAAGGCCCCCAAAUUGCAAUCCCACUACUGGUCCAUAAGAUCCACUCACCACAAGAAUGGGAAGCUCUUCAGGCACUUACAGUGUUAGAGGCGUGCAUGAAGAACUGUGGGAGCAGGUUUCAUAACGAAGUUGGGAAAUACCGAUUUUUAAACGAGCUGAUUAAAGUUGUGUCUCCAAAGUACAUGGGCGACAGUGCACCUGAGAAGGUGAAGAGAAAGAUUGUUGAAAUGCUGUACAGCUGGACCGUCGCCUUCCCCAAUGAGCCCAAGAUAAAUGAAGCCUACCAAACACUGAGAAGACAAGGGCUGGUGACCCGAGAUCCAGAGUUGCCGCCGGACCGGACUUUGAUUCCCUCUCCGCCCACACGGCCGAAACACCCAGUGUUCGACAACGAGGACAUGGGGAAGCUCCUUGCUGAGCUUCUCCGCAGCAAAAACCCAGAAGACCUCCAGGAGGCCAACAGGUUAAUCAAAAAUAUGGUGAAAGAGGAUGAGGUGCGCGUGCAGAAGGUGUCAAAGCGCAACAACACGCUGGAGGAGGUCAACAUCAACGUCAAGCUCUUGUCCGAGAUGCUCUCCCACUACGACAAAGACGCCUCAUCGGAGUCCGACAAGGAGAUUAUGAAGGAACUGUGCGAUCGCUGUGAUCAGCUGAGACGGGCCGCUUUCAAAAUGGCCACUGAGGCAGAGGACAACGACACCAGUUUAGGUGACAUCCUGCAGGCUAGCGACGACCUUUCCAGAGUCAUCAACUCCUACAAGAAAAUAGUGGAGGGGUUGGCUGUCAACGGAGACAGCCAGGAGCCUCGUGGACACACACGCAGCGAUCUGCCAGAGACAACCGACACACUCAUCGACUUGACCGUCACGGACCCGCCGAGUCUUCCUGGGCCAGCGGCGGUGGCGCCGGCCCCCGUCCCGCUGUCGGGCGCUCUCUCCGACAUCUUGGGCGACUCAUCCUUCCCGGCCCUGCCGCCGCCUCCCAAUCAGCUGCCGGGCCCGCUGGCCGCUCUGUGCGGCAGCCCGGGUCACCCUCCGCCUGACGCGGCCUCCGACGCACUCUCGCUUCUUGAUCAUGAGCUGCUGUCAUUAGGACUAACUGAUGACCACCCCGCAUUACUGAGCAACCAGUCCAAAGCAAAUCCAAACAAGGCAUCCAAUCAGUGGAGUUCCUUGCAGGCCCCUGCGACAAGUACGGAUUUGUUUGGCGGUCCAGCUGCAUUCUUGCCCCCAGCAGAACCUGACUUUCCCUCACUCCAGAACCUUCAAGACCUGGCUCUCAUGGGCUUCCCCAAUCAUAAGAGUGGCACGCCAAUGGGAAGUUUUGGGGGACCCACGGUGGUUCCUCCCCCCGCGGCCGGGUCGAGCUCCCCCUCUCCAGCAUCUCUCAUCCAGGGUGCUCUGCCCGUCUCUCCUGCCCUGAGCCACGCCAAAGCCCAGAACCUGGCCUCCGUCCCGGGUAGCCCGCUAUUCCGCUCCCUGUCCCCGGCCCACCCUGCCGUCCAGGGAAGCCCCGCCAGAACUGCGCAGAUGUCCCUAAGCAACGUACACGUUCCUCUGGACGCCAUCAGACCCAGUAAAGUGCUGCCGGUUACCGCCUACGACAAGGACGGUGUUCGGGUUCUGCUCAACUUUGCUUCCGAUUCUCCCCCUGGCAGGCCUGACGUGUUGGUCAUGGUGGUGUCCAUGCUUAACACAGCGCCACUCCCUGUUCAUGGGGUGGUACUGCAAGCUGCUGUACCAAAAUCAAUGAAGGUGAAGCUACAGCCUCCUUCAGGAACAGAAUUGGCCGCGUUUAACCCCAUCCUACCUCCGGCCUCCAUUACGCAGAUCAUGCUGCUAGCCAAUCCAACAAAGGAAAAGGUUCGCCUGCGCUACAAGCUGGCGUUCACGCUUGGGGAUGUACUGUGCAACGAGGUGGGGGAGGUGGACCAGUUCCCAUCGCCUGAGGCGUGGGGGCACUUAUAAAAACACACGUGCACACACUUCACCAAGGAAACUCCAGUCUUUACGAAGAGACCUAUCAUCACAGCAUAAAGACAGUUGGAACAACUCAACGUUUUAGUUGGUUUAGUGAUACUUGGUUUUAUUUAGGUAUAGCUUUUGCGUUUUGUUUGUUUUUUUUUUUUUUGCAGGUAACUAAAGAUAAGCACUGAUAUGAAAACAGUCAUAUUUAAAGGGGACAUAUGAAGGAAAAUUGACUUUUUAAUUGCUUGUAUGCAAGUACAGUGUACCUUGACUUUUGAGUGCUCCAAAAGGGUCAGUCUUGAUCUUUGGGGUAUUGCAAUGAAAGAAUGUCACAAACUUAUUUAAAACCAAAAUGUGUACAUUUUCUUCUAAUACAGUAUCCUAAAUAUCUAAUAUCCUAAAUAAUUCUCCUAAAUAUCCAAGUUGUUUUUUUUCCCCUUCAUGACUUUUGAUCUUGACUGCAUUACAUUUGAACGGGGG